AUGAAGGACUUCCAUACAAAGUUCACCAGGAGAAGGACCCUUCGGGCCAUCAGCGAAAGGCAGCGAGUGACCCUGGACGUAAUACAGAGGUGGGAGGUGCAGCACAUUGAAAUACAAGACACAACUCCUGUCACUGGUGUGCUCUACCUGGAUGGGAUGACAUCGCCUGUCAUUGAUAUUGCUGACCCUGCACAGGUUCGAGAGCAGCUGCUGGACAUGACGGAGCAGAAAUGCCACGUGUACCUCGGUGGGAUCCAGACCAUGCACUACAGAACAUUCGAAGACAAGAUAGGACUUCCAGGAAUGCUGGGCACUGUAGUAGGGGAUGUGAAACCCUUCUGUGGGAGCCGGAAGAUAGGACUUCCAGGAAUGCUGGGCACUGUAGUAGGGGAUAUGAAACCCUUCUGUGGGAGGCAGGAGGGAUGUGUGACAGUGUUUGGGAGGCAGGAGGGAUGUGUGACAGCAUCUGGAAUGUGCAGGCUGGGUGUUGAAAGCUAUGGGUUAGAGGGUUUGACCUCCACUGAAGUGUAAGGGUGUUGGAACUUGUUAGGGAAAGGAUGAGAAGAGAAUAAGAGAAUAAGAGCAGGCAAGGAUGGAGUGAUGGAGUCUGUGACGGAAGGGAUAAGAGGUGAAUGAGAGAAUUUGAACAAGUAAGGAUGGAAACAAAUGAAGGAUGGAGUGAUGGAGUGUGUGAGGGAGAGGAUAGGAAGGGAAUAAGAAGACUUAAACAUGCAAGGAUGGAAAUAAAUGAAGGAUGGAGUAUGUGAAGGAGACAAGAUGAGAGAAAGAAAAUUAGAACAUUCAAGGUGGAAACAGAUAGAGGAUGGAGUGAUGGAGUGUGUGAGGAAGAGGAAGAGGACAAGGGAAGAAUCAGAGGGUUGGAGCAUGGAUGGAGGAAAUACAAGGACAGGAAUAAACAGAUGGAUAAAUAGAUAGGGAAAGUAAAGGAGGCUUGGAAAAUAUGAUACUGUUGAGGAAAUGUAGGAGAGCUGGAAAGUACUUGAUAGAAUAAUGA